AUGAAGAGCAAAGUGCUCCCACAAGAGACAGGUGUGCCCAGGAGGCAUGUAACAGGAACAGGGCGCUCAAAGCUGCGGCCUGUUUGCUGGUCUGCAGUAGUCCUUGCCCUCGUCACCAUCCCCACGGGACUGUGGAGUAGAUACAAUGGCAGUGAUCACCUUAGCCUGACCAGCCUCUGGGGAAGACCUUCAGAACAAAACUCGGCCAAGCUGGUGAGGAAGUACAACCUACAGACUGGAGUAAGAUGGAUGAAUCCAGAUGGAGGUCGAUGGCGGGUCAUGUAUACGUGCAACGGACAGUCACCAUGUCCCACUCUGUAUGCUGAUGAGGGCGACAUGGUUGAGUUGACGGUCAAGAGUGACGUUUACUCGCAGUCGACUAUUCACUGGUCUGGGAUCGGGUAUCACAGCACUGGUGACUGGAAUGAUGGCACUGCUGGAAUCUCGCAGUAUCCGAUCUUACCUCGUGGCAACUUUACGCACUUGAUUGACACGACAGGAUCGUGGGGACUCAACUGGUACGCCGAGCACACCACUGCGGCAUCUGCUGAUGGUCUCUACGGAAUGGUCUAUGUGGCACCAUCCCCUUCGAGGCCUCGCCCGUACCACCUCAUCACCAAUGACAAGGUGGAGUUGCGCAAGAUCAUGGAGGCCGAGAAGGAUGCCCGCCAUCUGGCAAUCAAGAACCACCAGCAUCGCGACACCGGGUGGAAGUUGCUCCGGAUGAAGGCCGAGGGCUCCGAGUUUUACUGUUAUGAUUCUAUUGUUGUCAAUGGCAAAGGUCGUGUGCACUGCCGUCAACCCGGCUUUGACGUCCUGAACGGUCAAUCAAUAGACGAAAAGGGCUGCAUCCAACCACAAGGUCUGCCACAGGAGAAGUGUAGUCCCAGCACGGGCGACUAUGAGAUCAUCGAGACGCAAGGACGAGCGUACAUCAUGCUCAACCUCAUCAACAUCGGCUUCGAGCACGGCGUCGUAGCCUCCAUCGACAACCACAAAAUGAUCAUCGUCGCCAACAACGGCGGCUUCGUCCACCCACAGGAGACCGACGUCGUCCAAAUCCCCAGCGCCUCGAGGAUCACCGUGCUCGUCAAGCUCAACAGCUUCGAUCCCGCCGACGGCGACUACGCCAUCCGCAUCUCGUCAACCAGCCGGUUGCAGAACCUGCAGGGCUACGCCGUGCUCCGCUACCCGGGCGCCAACCCCCACCGCCCCAUCUAUGGCCAGCCCAUGAAGCUCCCGCAGCCCGACGGGCCGGAAAGCGUGUGCGUGCUCGCCGACGGCACUGCCCGCGACGGCUGCGGGAUAGCCGGCGGUCACGCCCUCGCCCCGUUCCCGCCGUCACCCCCGCCUAGAUCCGCACAUGGAACAUCCUCGCUACAUGCAGCGGCUGCAUCGGCCGCGGACAUCACAGUCCGGCUUUCGGCUGGAGAGCGGCCGUCGCUGACGGAGAAACAUGUGCCCGAGUACUUCCUCAACGAGCAGCCGUGGCAGCUCUUCCGCUCCGCCAUGACGCCGCUGCUCUUCCAGGACCAGAACGAGGACGCCACCUUACCGGGAGGCAUGCACCGGCUGGGCAAGCCGGUCAUCAGCGGAAUCCCACUGGGCAGUGUCGUCGACCUCAUCAUCGAAAAUCAGCUCAACGACUCGAUCCCGCUGUACAAGCACGGCGUUCCGGCAUGGCUACUUGGACUCGGCUCCAGCGGGAGCUUUCCUUAUGCUAGCGUCCAAGAGGCCGUUGAAGCUGACGCCGCCGGCAGGUCCGGACAUGGCUUACUUAACCUUGAGAACCCGGCUCUGGUCACUGUGCACGAGCUGCCACCGCUGGGCUGGAGUGUGCUGCGCUUCAAGGUCACGGCUAAGGCUGCAACUAUGAUCCAUGCGGUCAAGCUGAGAUAUUUUGCUCUGGGCAUGUCGGCGCCGAUCCUCGAGGGAAUUCUUCCAAACGAUCCGGCAGAGUUUCCUGAGUCGGUGGCGAAGCGGCCCCAUGUCAAAUUCGAGCCCAAGAAUGAUGGUGUUUUCGGAUAG